UCGUCCGGACACCGAGAUCAACUGUUUGUGGCCGCGCCCCGUAGCUAUCACCGCAGGGACGUGCGCCGUGUCGCUUCGCCGCACACUACCUAGCUUCUUUGUGGUCACGAUAUGGCAGGGGGAGCUUCCAGCUCGCGUGCGCGACCUUAUCUACCCGCUGAGGCGACGUCCCUGCCACUUCCCAUCCUCGUAUUCCUCUACUUUUGUCGCAGAGCUUCCUAGUGCUGGAAGCGGGACUCAUUCGUUCUCCGUGAGGACAUAUACGACUGCCAUGUGCGAGCACGAAGUCAUCGGGGAUUUCUAUCGUGGCUGCCAGCACUUCCACGGACGUUACUACACAGGCGAGCGUGUCGACUGCCGCUCCCCGAAAUGCAAAACGAGCGCAGCACAUGCCCAUUCGCCGACCGUCGCAUGUCGAUGCCAGGCUGUCGUCGUCGACAAGAAAACGGUGCAGAACAUGAUCCAAGCGAAACACCCGGACUGCCAGUGACCGUGACGGAGCGCCCAUAGCGUCCUCGCGAGCGCUCCGGCAGCGGAAAAAGCCCGAAAUGCCGCCAUGCGCUCGGUGUCCGACCUUGCCUUCGAC